CCUUCCACAAAUACUUUCGCACGAUCCAAACACUUCUAUUCUCUUUCUCAAGCUCUUCACAAAUGGCUCGUACCAAACAAACGGCUAGGAAGUCAACCGGCGGCAAAGCUCCACGAAAGCAGCUAGCCACGAAGGCUGCUAGGAAGUCUGCUCCGGCGACUGGAGGAGUAAAGAAACCUCACCGUUUCAGACCAGGAACUGUGGCUCUGAGGGAAAUCAGGAAAUACCAGAAGAGCACCGAGCUCCUGAUCCGAAAGCUUCCGUUCCAGAGGCUUGUGAGGGAAAUCGCUCAAGAUUUCAAAACCGAUCUGAGGUUCCAAAGCAGCGCCGUCGCCGCUCUUCAAGAAGCUGCCGAGGCUUAUCUCGUCGGACUUUUCGAAGACACUAAUCUGUGUGCUAUUCAUGCUAAGAGAGUUACGAUUAUGCCUAAGGAUAUCCAGCUUGCUAGGAGGAUUAGAGGCGAGAGAGCUUGAGUCUGUUUGAUUUUCAGUCGAUUGAUGAUUAGGGUGAGAGAUCUGAUUUUGUUCAUUUUGAUGCAUUGGCAUUCUCUGCUAAUGAUUGAUGUAAAUCAAUGGAAUAU